GCGCCGCCCGCGCCCCGCGCCCGCCAUGCGGUAGGGGCCGCGCCCGCCCGCGCCGCCCGCCGGACCGUUAUCCGCGCCCGCCCGCCCCGCGCCGCCCGCCCGCCCGCAAGAUGCCGCGCUCCUUCCUGGUCAAGAAGCAUUUCAACGCCGCCAAGAAGCCCAACUACGGCGAGCUGGACACGCACGCCGUGAUCGUCUCUCCGUACCUCUACGAGAGCUACCCCAUGCCCGUCAUCCCCAAGCCCGAGGUGCUCAGCUCGGGGGCCUACAGCCCCCUCACCGUGUGGACCGCCACGGCGCCCUUCCGCCCCGCGGUGCCCGGCGGCCUCUCCCCGCUGGCCGGCUUCCCCUCGGCGGCCGCCCUGGGCCGGGUGAGCCCGCCGCCGCCCUCCGACACCUCGUCCAAGGACCACAGCGGCUCGGAGAGCCCCGUCAGCGACGAGGAGGAGCGGCUGCAGCCCAAGCUGUCGGACCCGCACGCCGUCGAGGCGGAGAAGUUCCAGUGCCACCUGUGCACCAAGACCUAUUCCACCUUCUCGGGGCUGGCCAAGCACAAGCAGCUGCACUGCGACGCCCAGGCCCGCAAGUCCUUCAGCUGCAAGUACUGUGACAAGGAGUACGUGAGCCUGGGCGCCCUCAAGAUGCACAUUCGGACCCACACGUUGCCCUGCGUCUGCAAGAUCUGCGGCAAGGCCUUCUCCAGACCCUGGCUGCUGCAAGGACACAUUCGCACGCACACCGGGGAGAAACCUUUUUCUUGCCCUCACUGCAACAGAGCAUUUGCAGACAGGUCGAACCUGAGGGCUCAUCUGCAGACCCAUUCCGAUGUAAAGAAAUACCAGUGCAAAAACUGCUCCAAAACCUUCUCCAGAAUGUCUCUUCUGCACAAACACGAGGAAUCUGGCUGCUGCGUAGCUCAUUGAUGCAACAUAUGUUUACUCGAACAAAUGCAUUUCUCCACUCCGACACCAAAUGACAAGUAAAAGUCCAAAGGCAUUUUCUCUUGUGCUUACCAACCAAAUAAUAUGUAUAGACACACAUGUACACACACACACACAAGCUGCAAGAGCACGAAACCCAUGCGUUGAAAGAUCAUCCUUUCCAUGUGAAGUUGAAAAUUACUGUCUUUUUUUUUGCUGACAGCUAGAUUGAGAAGCUACAAGAACCUUUCUCUUCAAAGACGAAGUGAAAAGCACAUUGCAUCUUUCCGUACAGAAAAAGAAUGCAAAGAUUUACAUUGCUGCCAAAACAUUUCAACUGAAAAGAACAGUAUUGCUUUGUAAUAGAGUUUGUAAUAGAAUUUCCCGUAGGGAGAGAAUCUGCCAGACUAGAUCUCAGGUGCCUUAUAAAGUAUUCCAAGUUUACUUCAUUCCUUGUCUGAUGUCUGGCUUGCCAUCAUGGAAUUAACGCCUUUAUAAAAUUACCUACCAUGCUUUAAACUGUAUUUUUAAGAGAGGAAAAAAAAAAUAAGAACGAGAAAAAAAACCCAAGAGAAUGUAUUAAGAGUAUUUUUGUUUUGCUUCCUUUUGUUUUAUUUUUGCCAAUAUGUGCCUUGGGAGAAGAGGGAAGGAGGAGCGGUUUGAACAUUCCUGGUGCAUGCGCCAUGUCUUACUUGGUGAAAGAAUUGCAAUGACUUUUAUACAAUUCAGUAAAGACGGGAGUAAGUGCAAGAGAAGAGUCCGAGACAUUCGGUGAUGCACCAAAACCAUUUUAAAUGUGCAUGACAGAUGCAAUAAUACAACACCCCUCCAAGUGCCUGCUUUAAUUAACUGUGUAGUUGAUGAGUCAAUGUAAAUUUGUGUUUAUUUUUGUAUGAUUGAAUGAGUUUUGUAUGAAAGUAAGAUGUUGUCUAUAGCUAUGUCUAUAUACAACUUGGACACUUGUGAAAUCAAUGUUGCUUUUUUUUAAAGAAAAAUAAUUUUUCAAGGUCCUUUUUUUUACAAUAAACAUUUUUGAUUGAAAAUAUGUCGCUCAUAUACUAUUUUCAGAGACUUUAUUGGUUUGUGACUAGUAACAAAUGUGAUAGAAUCAUUUCUUGUGCUAAUAAGAGAAAAA